AUGAAGGAUUUAACGUUACUGAAAAAGUAUUAUAAAAAUGUAAUGAAAAAUGUAUUACAGCAUGCAUUCUAUAGCUUUGUUCCUCCAAAUACUUGUGGUCGAAUAUCGAUUACAAUUGUGGAAGCGAAGUUAGCUAAAAAUUAUGGACUUGUUCGCAUGGAUCCGUACUGUCGAAUACGAAUUGGAAAUACUGUUUUUGAGACACCAACAAGUAUUAGUGGUGGCAAAUCACCUAAGUGGAAUCGUAUUGUUAAUGCAUAUUUGCCGUACGGUGUUGAAUCGGUUUAUCUGCAAGUGUUUGAUGAAAGAGCUUUCACAGUUGAUGAAUGUAUUGCGUGGUCGCAUAUCGUUUUACCUAAUGGUAUUUUCAACGGCGAAGUGAUUGAUGACUGGUACCAACUUUCUGGUCAACAGGGUGAAGGAAAAGAAGGAGCAAUUAAUCUUAUUACUUCAUUUACACCUGUUGAUGCAUCUCCUGGAGCAUAUAUGAAUAUCUCUUCAGUACCACAACGAGGUAAUGUAAUUUUUUUCAAAGCAAAUGCUGCCAUUACAAAUGAAGAUGUUUCUGAAAUGCAAGCAAUGUUCCCAUCAAUUGAUAUGGAGAUUAUAAGAUGUAUCCUGGAAGAAAAAAAUGGAAAUAAGGAAGCAGCUGUUUCGGCAAUUUUAGAAAUGACAGCUGAAUCGUAA